AUGAGCGCAACGAGAAUGAUUUUCGCAGCGCGAUAUGCCAUGCCAUACACGUCAAGAGCAGGCGCGAGGCUAAGCCUGCGCCUGGCUCCGACAGCAACAAGCAACGAUUCAGGCAAUGCGCCACUACAACGCCGAAGCUACGCCAACAAGCAAAACAUGCAAUCGACAGCAGGGCAAGCCUCACCUGGCACGGCAUCAAACGUGACAGAAACGGGACCGGGCUCCGCAUCCUCAGAGCAGCAGAGCGUGAAGGCAUCCCGGGGCAAGGAUUCCUCGUCCGGUGUCCAGGAGUCUCCGGACUCGGCGAGUCUGGCGACGCCGGUCAGCGGCCCGAAGGGCAGUGGCACCGGACAGCAGGAGGACGAUGCGGAUGUGCAGGGUGCGUUCAAGCAGGAUCCGGGGAAGAGUAGGGAUGAAAAGAGAGAGAAUGUUGAGAAGAUGGGCGAGAGGAAGUUGGAUCCUGCGGAUGAGUGA